GUCUUUGCCGUCUAAAGGCCUGUUGCUUCCCCCUUCUUCCUUCAAAAUUCCAGUACCAUCCCUCCGACUCCGAUCUCACAAGUCACACCACCAACCGUCACUCACUCCCACUUCCAUCGAUUAACCCAACUCGAAUGCCGAAAAUCUCUAUUCGAUCCCUCCAGAUCUGAACCGAAAGACUCAGACUCAGAGAGCGUGAAUCCGUUUGAAUGUAUUGUUGGAUUUGAAACUCUCUCUCCAAUUCCGGUACCAUGCCGUCAGCCGAAGCCGAGGCAGAGGCGCUCUUCCGCGCCAAAACUAUUUCCGAGAUCCGAAAUGUGGAGGCCUCGACCCGGUCCCAGAUCCAGUUCAAGCAGGAGGAGCUCCGCCAGCUCGUCGGCGCCCGAUACCGCGACCUCAUCGACUCCGCCGACUCCAUCGUCCUCAUGAAGAACUCCUGCCACUCCAUCUCCUCCAACAUCUCCUCCAUCAACAAUGCGAUCUGUUCCCUCUCUUCCGAGACCCCCAAGUCCAUGGCCAGCCCUAACCCGACCCGAUCCCCUAUCUACGGGAUUGCCUGCCGGGUCAAGUACCUCGUCGACACGCCCGAGAACAUCUGGGGCUGUCUCGACGAGUCCAUGUUUCUAGAAGCCGCCGCGCGCUACGCUCGUGCCAAGCACGUGCACGACAGACUGAUGAACCGCGAGGAUCGUGGACAGGUUUCGAUCCUGUCGAGCUUCCCGCUGCUUCAGCACCAAUGGCAGAUCGUGGAGAGCUUCAAGGUCCAGAUCUCGCAGCGGAGUCGCGAGCGCUUGCUCGAGCAGCGCGGCCUCCCGAUCUCGGCCUAUGCCGAUGCGUUGGCCGGCGUGGCGGUGAUGGACGAGCUGGACGCCAAGCAGGUUCUGGCGCUAUUCCUCGACACCAGGAAGUCGUGGAUUUCGCAGACAUUAGGUAAUUGUGCUCACAUUCUCAAUCACGAUGCUAAUUGCGACGUCGUCGUUUCCGUAUUCUGCGAGGUUUUGAGUAUAAUUCAGAUCAGUGUGGGUCAAGUGGGUGAGUUGUUUUUGCAAGUGUUGAAUGAUUUGCCGUCGUUUUACAAAAUGGUAUUGAGCUCGCCUCCCGCGUCCCAGUUAUUCGGUGGGAUUCCGAGUCCGGAUGAGGAGGUCAGGCUAUGGAAGUCGUUUAGGGACAAGUUGGAGUUGGUAAUGGUAAUGCUUGAGAAGGAGUACAUUGCUAGGACCUGUUCUCUGUGGUUAAGGGAAUGUGGGCAAGAGCUUGUCAAUAAGAUUAACGGGAGGUAUUUGAUUGAUGCUAUUGGUUCUGGGCAAGACCUUGCUUUGGCCGAGAAGUCCAUAAGGGAGACGGUGGAGAGUAAGGCGGUGUUGGCAGGGAGUUUGGAGUGGUUGAAGAGUGUGUUCGGGUUGGAGAUUGAGUUGCCUUGGACUAGGAUUAGAGAGCUUGUUUUGGUGGAUGAUUCUGAUCUCUGGGAUCAGAUUUUCGAGGAUGCUUUUGUGAGCAGGAUGAAAGCGAUUAUCGACGUGGGCUUUGAUGAUUUGACGAGGGUGGUGAAUGUGGCGGAGUCCAUUCGUGCGAUCGGGGAGAAUUAUUCUGGUGGACAGAUUGAUUUCCAAGGGUACUUGAACAGACCUUCGACUGGUGGUGGGGUUUGGUUUAUUGAAUCCCCUGCCAAGAAGGCUGGUGCGCUUUCUGGGAUUAAAGCACCGCCAGAAGAGAAUGAUAUCGGGACUUGUCUGAAUGCCUAUUUUGGUCCUCAAGUUAGUCGAAUUAGAGAUGUCGUAGGCAGCCGUUGUCAGAGUGUUCUCGAGGACCUCCUCUGUUUCUUAGAAUCUCCAAAGGCAGCUCUAAGGUUAAAGGAUCUGUCACCAUAUCUACAGAAUAAGUGUUAUGAAAGCAUGUCUACUAUAUUGAUGCAAUUGAGGAGUGAGCUUGAUAAUUUAUAUGCCGCCAUGGAAAAUGCCAACAAGGAAAGUCAGUCCAUUCCUCCAGCUAUAACUGUUGAGAGAUCUCUUUUCAUUGGGCGACUUUUGUUUGCAUUCCAGUUCCACUCGAAACACAUUCAAGUGAUACUUGGUUCUCCAAGGUACUGGGCCAGUGAAACCGUGUCUAUGGUUUUUGAUAAGUUACCAUCCUUGUUGAGACAAUCUAGAGUGGGUGCUGAUGCUCCUGUGUCUGAUAACCCCGGAAGACAAUUGCCCAUUGACACUAAAAGACAAACUUCAUUGGCCACUGCUGCAUUGGUUGGAGCCAGUGAAACAGCAAGCCCAAAACUGGAGGAAUUUUGUAGAAUGACACGGGAUCUUUGCAUUCGAGCUCAUAGCAUAUGGAUAUUAUGGUUAUCAGAUGAGCUUUCAGUUAUUCUUUCUCGGGAUCUUGGACAAGAUGAUUCAUUGUCGUCAACAACUCCCUUGAGGGGCUGGGAAGAGACGGUAGUCAAGCAAGAGCAGUCUGAUGAGGGCCAUUCAGAGAUGAAAAUAUCUCUGCCCUCCAUGCCUUCUCUUUAUAUUGUGUCGUUCUUAUUCCGAGCAUGUGAAGAAGUUCAUCGCAUUGGAGGUCAUGUACUUGACAAAACAAUUCUGCAAAAGUUUGCAUUAAGAUUAUUGGAAAAGGUCAUUGAUAUAUAUGGGGACUUUCUUUCGACUAGAGAGGCUGGUGGAUCUCAACUUUCAGAAAAAGGAGUUUUGCAGAUUUUAUUAGAUGUGAGAUUUGCUGUUGAUGUUCUUUCUGGGGGCAGUUAUGGUAUGGGUGAGGAAUUCUCUAAUGGUCUGAGGCCAAAGUUUCAUUUUGGACGGAAGCAGGAUAAAGGCCAGAAGAAAACGGUUGUUAGAGAGCGUGUUGAUGGGUUGGUAAACCGUCUUUCACAAAGAUUGGAUCCCAUAGACUGGCUUACGUAUGAGCAAUAUCUCUGGGAGAAUGAGAGGCAGUCCUACCUACGGCAUGCCAUCCUCUUUGGAUUCUUUGUGCAACUUGAUCGGAUAUACACUGAUACUGUUCAGAAGCUGCCUACUAAUUCAGAGUCCAAUAUUAUGAGAUGUUCUACAGUUCCUCGUUUCAAAUAUCUUCCAAUCAGUGCUCCGGCAUUGUCUUCAAGAGGCACUACUAAAACAUCAAUUUCAACACCUUCUGAUGAUAUAUCUUCAAGAACUUCCUGGAAAGCUUAUACAAAUGGUGAACUUUCCCGAAAGAUGGAUUUGGAUGAUAACUCCAGUUUUGGGGUAGCAGCACCAUUACUGAAGUCUUUCAUGCAGGUUGGAAGCAGAUUUGGAGAGAGCACAUUGAAAUUGGGAUCCAUACUAACAGAUGGGCAAGUAGGCAUAUUCAAGGAUAGAUCAGCAGCUGCUAUGUCGACAUUUGGAGACAUUUUACCUGCCCAAGCUGCAGGUCUUCUUUCGUCCUUUACAGCUUCCAGAUCAGACUCUUGAAGCAUGUCUUCUUUCCUCUAUGCGUAUAUGUAUGUAUCACUAUUUAGUUGAAAGGAGCCACGGAGCUCGCUGGACAUAUUGGGACUACGAGACAGGAAAGUAAAUCGCCAUCCAAUCAUUAGUGGAAAGAAUUUCUAUGUAUAUGGUAUAGAUACGAAUCAAGAAUUCUAAGAGAAUUUUUGAGAAGGGAAGAUGGAAAGAACAUGUAUAUGGUAAUAGAUAGGAGUCAAGAAUUUUUGAGAAUUGAGAGAAGAUGGGAAAAGAUGUUGGGAAGCAGGUUGUGUUCAAAUAUAAAAGACAUAUAGUUCAAAUUGAGGCAGUGGGAAUUGGACUGUUGAAUUGGCAUUCUGCAGGGACUUAUAAAAAUUGUCAGAACCCCAGAUCUGCCAUGCUAUCUAUUUCCUGGGUCAUUGUGAUGUUAGAAUUGUAUGAGAUGAAGUACAUGGUCCAUUACCUUUACUGAAAUAAAUACAUAAAUACAGAGUGUGAGGGUUUGGAAGGGAAGUUACAUUUGGUUAAUGUUCAGAGGCAGGGAGGAUGCUGUGGCGUGGAGGGGGGGAAGCUGCAACAAUUCACCAAGUGAGACUCAUUCUGGUGAAGUGGGCUCCUAUGGACGGUAAUUGGACAGUCAAGAGCUUUUGUAGGUCUUAAUUGAGCGGUCGAUACAGACAUACAGUUGCCUUCUACCAUCUCUUUACGACAUACAUUGGAUCUCCAGUACAGGAUAUUGCCGAAGUCGUUUCAUUUUUGGUGGCUAAUAUCUUUGCAGUAAUAUUUGUAUGUUUAUUUUUGACUCGACGCUUCCAUACUCGUAUGGUUCAAUUGGGAUGAGCUGUAUGGAAAGGCCUUUCGGAGAUGAGGGGCUUUGUCUCGGAGGAAGUUGGGCUUAGAUUUAGUUCUUCUGGGUUUACUCGUUGGUUUUAUUCUUUCAUAUUCAUUUCAUCCGUUUAAAAUGAUAAUUCUUAUACCUCCUGUGUAUUAUCUCUUUUUGUGUGCUUUGCAAUACAUUUUAAAAUAUUUUGUUCAGCAAAGGAAAACUACUGAGGAAAGAGACGAUUAUUGUACCGAACCCAGAAUAAGGAGUCUCACUGAAUAGUUUUGCAUGUUUAAAUGGACGAAUGACUGUUCUUGUGGA